CAAACGGCCCGCAGUGAGAGCAUCAGAGAGGCUCCGCUCCGCUCCGGAAUAGUGGUUUUAACUGUUCACCGAUCAUUAAAACAGAGUGGAAUACAACCAUGAGGAAGAGCGAGGUGCUCGCAGCAGAGUCUGUUUCGUGCCUAAAUAAAGCACUGUGUCACCUGAAGGACAUCUGGGAAGAGAUCGGUAUCCCCGAGGACCAGAGACUGCAGAGGACUAAUGUAGUCAAGAACCACAUUAAGAGUUUACUAGAUAUGAUGAUCAAAGAAGAGGAAUCUCUGAGACAGAGGCUCAUAAGCAGCAUUCAAAAAUGCAGGACAGAGAUGGAGAAACUCUGCCUGGAUCUACAGCUGCCUGUGUUUGAGGAGGAGGGUGGUGUCAGCAUGCUGCAGCAGGAGAAGAACAUCCGCACGCAGGUGGAGGCUCUGAUAAAGGAGAAGACGCGGCGGAUGCAGCAGCUAAAGGCUCUGCUGGAGCAGGACCAGGACCUUUGUGAUAUCCUGUGCUCCAUGCCGUAUGGCAUCUCUGCAGACUCUGUCCCCACACCAGAACAGCUGGAGAGCUUCAGCCAGCACAUCGCUAACCAGAACAUAGAGAAGGCGAAGCGGUAUGCUGAGUUCAUGGACCUUAAAAAGCAGAUCAUCCUGUACAUGGAGGAGCUGGACCACAUCCCUGAGACCAGCUUCGAGAAGGACGUCGUCUGUGAGGACGAGGACUCUUUUUGUCUUUCAAGAGACAAUAUCACAGCACUCAAACUGCUCGUUUGUCAUCUGGAGGAGCGUAAGGCGGAGAACGAGGUGACGUGUGAGGCUCACAGAGAGAAGAUCCAGCGGCUGUGGGACAGACUGCAGGUGCCCCAGGAGGAGAGAGAGGCCUUCAACGAGCACAUGGUCUCAUCCAGGAAGAGGAACCUGGAAGCGCUCCAAUCAGAAGUUCAGCGUCUGGAGGAGCUCAAACUGCUAAACAUCCGUAAUGUCACCGACGCCAUCCGCUCUGAGGUCGCUGUGUUUUGGGAGAAGUGCUUCUUCAGCAUUGACCAGCGGCAGGAUUUCACUCCAUAUUUCAGCGAGGACUUCACUGAAGAGCUGUUGAGUCUGCAUGACGCUGAGAUCCAACGCUUGAAGCAGCAUUAUGAGGAUCACAAAGAGCUUUUCGACGGCGUUCACCAGUGGGAAGAAAGCUGGAGGCUCUAUCUGGAGCUGGAGAAAAAAGCCAACGAUCCGACAAGAUUCACCAACAGAGGAGGGAAUCUUCUCAAAGAGGAGAAACAGAGAUCUGAGCUGCAUAAAAGCCUUCCCAAGCUUGAGAAGAAACUAAAAGCCCAGAUCGAUGCGUGGGAAAGUGAACAGAACCGUGAGUUUCUAGUGAACGGCCAGAAGUUUCUGCAGUACGUGGAGGAGCAGUGGGAGCUGCACCGGAUAGAGAAAGAGAAGGAGAAACAAGAGAGGCAUCUGAAGAAGAGCAAACAGACUGAGGCGGACAUGCUGUACGGAACAGCAGUACGAACUCCAACCAAACGCAGAUUCCUUGGAACUACCACUCCAAAUAAAUCACGAAAGUUUAACGCGACUUCCAGCAUCUCUAGCGCCACCUCCAACAGCAGCCGCUCGGUCUUUGGUGGAACCGUCUGUCGCUCACCCGUGCCCCGCCCACCUCUCUCUGCAAAUAAGACUCCAACAGCAGGAAGGCCAGCUGGAGGUAAGCCGCCCAACCCUCGGGUGCUGGGCUGCAACAAGGAGAACGAGGCCCAGCUGAGGGGGAGCCCUGUGAGCGGUGCGUUGCUGACCCCCGCUAGUCCACAGCGUAACUUCAGCAUAGCCUCUGUUGCCAGCACGUAUUCAGAGUUUGUGAGGGACUUGGUCAACACUGAAUCUGUUCAGGCAAGCGAGACCUGUCCAAGACCUCUAACACCAAGAUCCAGCACGGCAUCCUGAACUCCACCACCGCCAACCUCUGACCUCUGACUCCUUCCAAUGAAGUUCUGAUCUGCUCCAGAAAGGAUCACUGCUACCUGCUUUUAUAUGUAUAUGAAGGUAAUAAUGUAUAGUGUUAAGUGAUGAAGCAGGACUCUGUUGGUUGCUGAGCGUGUCGUCUUCAGCGGUCUGUCACUGUUUGUAAGAGGAAAAUUAUACGUUUGUAUCAUAAGUUAAACUAACACUACUUUGGCUCUCUAAAUUCUGACAGUUAAAAUGUAUUUUAUGUUGUCUGCAUUUUUUUUAAAAAGAGAAAUGAAAGUAAUUUUAGAUUUUUGAUAUGCAAUCUGGGGUUACAGGCCAAAUGUAUUAUGAAUACUUUGCACUUUUAUUUUAGAAAAUAUAUUGCAGCGCAUUGUGUAAUUGUACACACACUCACACUGUUCCCUCCGAACCUGUUUAUAUACAUGUAUGAUAUGUAUUUGUGUAUAUAUUUCUGUAUCUGCUGUUUGCUUCAUAGAAACACCUGUUUGACACAGAUGGUAGUUGUUUAAACGGGCUGUUAGUCUGUCAUGUUUUGGUGCUGCACAGCAAUAAAAAUGGAGUGAAAUCGCA